AUGACUCUAAAAGCUUAUACAGCAACAACUGGCAAUGGUUAUAAAUUGAGUGUCUUCCUUUCGUUAUUAAAUAUAGACCAUGAAAUGAUCCCGAUCGACCUUCUGAAAGGAGAAACUAAAGAACCGUGGUUUUUAGAACUUAACCCUAAUGGUAAGAUUCCUACCAUUAAGGAUGAGGCAGCUGAUAUUUCUCUUGGGGAAAGUGCCUCGUUAAUGGUUUACUUAGCUGAUACUUAUGAUAAAGAAAGAAAUUUUAGUUAUGCUCCAGGAACCAAGGAAUACUAUAAAUUGUUAGAAAUCAGUUUUUUUCAAAUGUCUUCUGUGGGACCUAUGCAAAAUAGAGCCACAUCCAUAGCCUUAUUUGAAAAAGGUCAACAUGUAGAAGAGUUCGAAAGAUUAUCUAAGGAAACCAGAAGGUUGUAUUCAGUCCUAGAAGAGUUUUUGAGAAGAAACCAAAAGGAUUACGGGUCAAAAUUCUUAGUAGGAGAUCACAUCUCCGUCGCUGAUGUUUUGUUCCUUUGCGUAGCAGUUUUCUUGCCUAUCAUGGGUAUUCCACUUACUGAUUUUCCCUUAAUCAAGGAUUGGGCCACCAAUUUGUUGGAGAUUCCUGAGAUCAAUAAAGGUUUCACUAUCCCUAACAUGCCUUACAUUUGGGAUGACUCGUUACCUCCUAUUGUCAAACCUUAG